GACCAAGUGGUGAAAGAGGACAGUGUGGAAGCCGUCGGGGAGCAGCUGAAGGUCUAUCACCAGCAGUACCAGGACAAGAGCUGGGAGUACGACCUGCUGUAUGAGGAGUACACGCGCACUUCCCAGGAGCUGCAGAUGAAGAGGACGGCAAUCGAGGCCUUCAACGAGACAAUCAAGAUCUUUGAGGAGCAGUGUCAGACGCAGGAGAAAUGCAGCAAGGAGUACAUCGAGCGCUUCCGGCGGGAGGGCAACGAGAAGGAGGUGCAACGGAUCCUCAUGAACUCGGAGAAGCUCAAGUCUCGCAUCACAGAGAUCCACGACAGCAAGAUGAAGCUGGAGCAGGACCUGAAGAAACAAGCCUCGGAGAACCGGGAGAUCGACAAGCGCAUGAACAGCCUCAAGCCAGACCUCAUGCAGCUGCGCAAACUGCGGGACCAGUAUUUGGUGUGGUUGACGCAGAAGGGUGCCCGGCAGAAGAAAAUCAACGAGUGGUUGGGCAUCAAGAACGAGACGGAGGACCAGUACUCCAUGAUGGAUGACGAGGAGGAGCUGCCCCACCACGAGGAGCGGACGUGGUACGUGGGGAAGAUCAACCGCUUGCAGGCGGAAGAGAUGCUGUGCGGCAAGCGGGACGGCACCUUCCUGAUCCGCGAGAGCAGCCAGAAGGGAUGCUACGCCUGCUCCGUGGUGGUGGACGGUGACACCAAGCACUGCGUGAUCUACAAAACAGCGACCGGCUAUGGGUUUGCCGAACCCUACAACCUCUACGCCUCCCUCAAGGACCUGGUCUUGCACUACAAGCACACAUCCCUGGUGCAGCACAAUGACUCCCUGAAUGUCACGCUCGCUCACCCGGUCCUUUCCCAGCCACCAGCCAGAUGAGCAGCCCGUACACAACACAACAGCUGCCUUCAGCUUCUCCCCAGGGCGCUGCUUUCUGGCUCUGGACUCUUGCACCCUGUAUAGUUGAGUCUCCGUGCUCCUGCCCCUCCAGAGCCUCUGAGAUGUCUGUGACCGUUCCUGGUGUCCCUUUUGGUCUGUAGCUGAAACCCGUGUUGGCUGAUGGGACAAAAAGGCUGGGGCUGUUGACUCCCAGUGGGCUCCAGCCUCUAGGAGGUGGGAUCCAGUUGUGAUUGAAUUACCGUGGGCGAGCACAGCCCCUUCCCCUUCCCCGAUAAGCAGAUCAGAUCCCCUUCUUGCUGGCAAGUCGCCCCGCUACGCAUCACUGUAGAGCUAGAUUUCCGAUUCCUCGGUGCGCUACGGCGUCGGUCACUGCCCCGGCCGAGCGGCCGCGAGCGCUGCUCUGAGUGAGGGGCUCCCGGCCUGG